GAGAGGGAGAGGGAGAGAGAGAGAGAGAGUGAGAGAGAGAGAGAGGGAGAGGGAGAGAGAGCAGCCUGCCUGAUCGUCACAUUUCUUGCAGAGAUAACAUUACAGAGAAUGUCCAUGCUUCUUUAAGGAGACUCAGCGCUGUUCAAAGGUUCAAAGGUUCAGAAAUACCCCGAUUAAAAGGCCAAUAAGUAGCUCUUUACACCAUAUUGGACAUACAUCAAUGGAUGGACAACGAGAUAUUGCAUUCAGAAUUCACUUGUCAACCAGUGAAACGCAUCAGUGGAUAUAAUGGGCAACACAACACAUAAACCUUUAGAAGAUGUGACUCUACAGCCCGACCCUGUGGUGAGCAGGCAGUUCUUCACUCUGCACGGUGGCAGCGGUGGGAGAGGAGGUGGCGGGGGUUCGUUGGUAGAGAGGCGGACGUCGGCCCCCCCAGUGAUCCUCAGUCUGGAGUCGCCCAGGUUCCACCCUCAGGCCAAGGGGAAGAACAUCAGGCUGGACGGUCAGCUGAGACGAGCUACCAGGAAGAACAGCUUCUGCAACGGAAUCACCUUCAGCCAACGACCGGUUAGACUCUAUCAGAAGGUUCGUCUGCGUCUGUCUGGUGUCCACAACGGCUGGAGUGGUGCUCUGAGGUUCGGUUUCACCAGUCUGGACCCGAGUGAGCUCAACUCCUCCAACAUCCCCAAGUACGCCUGUCCGGACCUGGUGACGCGGCCGGGUUACUGGGCCAAAGCCCUGCCGGAACGCCUGGCGAUCCGCAACAACGUCCUGUCCUUCUGGGCCGACAGACACGGCCGUGUGUUCUACAGUAUCAACGAGGAGGAGCCCGUCCUCUUCCACUGUGGUCUGAGUAUAGGAUGUCCGCUCUGGGCCAUCAUAGACAUCUAUGGCCUCAUCCAGGAGGUUACACUGCUAGAGAGCAAGUUUGCAGAGAGUGUCGGGUCCAGUUGUCUGUCUGCGGCCCGUCUCAGUGCCUACCUCCCUCAGAGCAGCCACGACUCCGCAAACUACAACAACAACCAGCUAGAGAACAACCAGGCCGCCGCGAAGAUGGCCACGUUACAGCUCAACAACAAAGCCACUGCGAAGAUGGCCACUGCGAACUACAGCUCAAAUUCUCUCAACAACUGCAGCCAGAUGAUCCCCUGUUGUACCACAUCUUCCUCCUCCAUAACAUCAUCAUCAUCCGUCCCAUUCUCCACCCCCCGGUUGGUCCGAGCUGGGCUCCCCUCGCCGCUCGACACCGACCUUCACUUCCAUCCAGUCCGUGGCCCGGACGUCAUCCUGUCAGCUGACCGCUCUGUAGCGUGUAUCCACUUCCUUGAGUCUUCGAGGACUCUGGUGUUCUCAGAUCGCCCCCUAAGGGUCAGGGAGACGCUCUACGUCGAGGUCGGUCAUCUCAGCCUGCCCUACUUCGGGGCGCUCCUUUUCGGACUGACCUCCUGCGAUCCGGGGUCCCUCCAUGCUGGGGAACUUCCUGCCGACCCAGAGGUGCUGCUGGACAGGAAGGAGUACUGGGUGGUAUACCGCGGCUUCCCCAUGCCCUGCUCCGGGGACGUUCUGUCCUUCAGCCUGGCACCCAGCGGUGAGGUGCAUCAUGGGGUCAACGGGGCGGCCAGAGGGAGGCUGCUGUGUGUCGAUUCAUCGCAGAGACUCUGGGCCUUCUUUACCCUGCAUGGAGCGGUCAACAGACUCAGGAUACUGGGCACGCUCCAGUCCAGCCCUUCCUUCCCUUCCUCCCAGACCAGUAGUAACAGUAGUAGUCCAGACGACAGUGAUUCUGACCUGGCCUUCAGCGUCAACAGAUCCUCCUCCGAGUCCUCCCUGGUGACGGCCCCCAGCUCCCCUCUCAGCCCCCCUGUCUCCCCCACGCUGUCUCUCCCACCCAGUCUCCCCCACCCUGUCUCCCCCACCCUGUCUGCCCCAGGGCUGCCUUCUGGUGGUAAGAACGGGGAGUGCACCGUCUGUUUCGACCAGGAAGUGGACACAGUCAUCUACACCUGCGGUCACAUGUGUCUGUGUAACAACUGUGGGCUAAAGCUGAAGAGACAAGUGAAUGCCUGCUGUCCUAUCUGCCGCAGGCCCAUUAAAGACGUCAUCAAGACAUACAGACCAUGAUGUCUGGGACAUUACUGCAGCAGGCCCAUUAAAGACAUCAUCAAGACAUACAGACCAUGAGAGGACCGGGACAUUACUGGGACAUUACUGCAGCAGGCCUAUUAAAGACAUCAUCAAGACAAACAGACCAUGAGAGGACUGGGACAUUACUGGGACAUUACUGGGACAUUACUGCAGCAGGCCUAUUAAAGACAUCAUCAAGACAAACAGACCACGAGAGGACUGGGACAUUACUGGGACAUUACUGCAGCAGGCCUAUUAAAGACAUUAUCAAGACAUACAGACCAUGAUGUCUGGGACAUUACAUUAUAUGUCAUUACAUUACAUUACAUUAUAAUUCAUUUCACACCUGUUGUCCCAGGUCUAUAUCAGUCCUUGAUUAGAGGGGAAUAUAUUUUUUUAAAGCAGUGGAACUGGCUUUGAUGUCCAGAUGUAUAUUUGAAGGCUAUAGAGACAGACUGGACACCAUUUCAACAGGCUCAUCAAGGUCAUCAUUAAGCCUGACCAUCCAUGAGAGGACAAACUACUGGGACAGGGCUCUGUCUGCUCCCCAGAGACGUCUCUUACCAAACUGGACACUCUACACUACGGCAGGUCCAUCACGGACCUCCCCCAUCAAGACAUAUUGGCCCUGAUAGACUGGACACUCUACACUACGGCAGGUCCAUCACGGACCUCCCACAUCAGGACAUAUUGGCCCUGAUAGACUGGACACUCUACACUACGGCAGGUCCAUCACGGUCCUCCCACAUCAAGACAUAUUGGCCCUGAUAGACUGGACACUCUACACUACGGCAGGUCCAUCACGGACCUCCCACAUCAAGACAUAUUGGCCCUGAUAGACUGGACACUCUACACUACGGCAGGUCCAUCACGGUCCUCCCACAUCAAGACAUAUUGGCCCUGAUAGACUGGACACUCUACACUACGGCAGGUCCAUCACGGACCUCCCACAUCAAGACAUAUUGGCCCUGAUAGACUGGACACUCUACACUACGGCAGGUCCAUCACGGACCUCCCACAUCAAGACAUAUUGGCCCUGAUAGACUGGACACACUGCAGCAGUCAGGCUGGGCCUUGAAAGAGGAUAGGCAGGCAGACUCUCUCUCUCUCUCUCUCUCUCUCUCUCUACCCGAGACUCUCUAUCUCUCUACCCGAGACUCUCUCUCUUUACCCGAGACUCUCUCUCUACCUGAGACUCUCUCUCUCUCUCUACCUGAGACUCUCUCUCUCUCUCUACCCGAGACUCUCUCUCUCUCUACCCGAGACUCUCUCUCUCUCUCUACCUGAGACUCUCUCUCUCUCUCUACCUGAGACUCUCUCUCUCUCUCUACCUGAGACUCUCUCUCUCUCUCUACCUGAGACUCUCUCUCUCUCUCUACCUGAGACUCUCUCUCUCUCUCUACCUGAGACUCUCUCUCUCUCUCUACCCGAGACUCUCUCUCUCUCUACCCGAGACUCUCUCUCUCUCUUCCCGAGAUUCUCUCUCGCUAUACCCGAGACUCUCUCUCUCUCUACCUGAGACUCUCUCUCUCUACCUGAGACUCUCUCUCUCUCUACCCGAGACUCUCUCUCUCUACCCGAGACUCUCUCUCUCUCUCUACCCGAGACUCUCUCUCUCUACCCGAGACUCUCUCUCUCUCUACCCGAGACUCUCUCUCUCUCUCUCUCUACCCAAGACUCUCUCUCUCUCUCUCUACCCGAGACUCUCUCUCUCUCUCUACCCGAGACUCUCUGUCUCUCUCUACCUGAGACUCUCUCUCUCUCUCUCUACCCGAGACUCUCUCUCUCUCUCUCUACCCAAGACUCUCUCUCUCUCUCUCUACCCGAGACUCUCUCUCUCUCUCUCUACCCGAGACUCUCUGUCUCUCUCUACCUGAGACUCUCUCUCUCUCUCUCUCUCUCUCUCUACCCGAGACUCUCUCUCUCUCUCUCUCUCUACCCGAGACUCUCUCUCUCUACCUGAGACUCUCUCUCUCUCUCUCUACCCGAGACUCUCUCUCUCUCUCUCUACCUGAAACUCUCUCUACCAUAGCUGAGGGCGGCAGGGCUUUCUUUUCCUGUUUGCCUGCCUGUCACAUGGUUUUCUAACUGUGUGGUUUUAAACCUUCACGUGUUGGAAGGACAGCUGAGGGGACUCUUCUGUGAGUCACCACUCUGCCAAAUACCUUCUAUCUUUGUGCCUUAGACAAUGUUUGUCAAAUGUCUUCAUGUCCAAGUUCUAAAUAUGAUGCUAUUUGUAAAUGAAGGUGUUGUGGAAUUAAUGAAGAAGCACAUUGGUCACUGCAGACAGAUAUGCAAAACAAAAAGAGACUGUUUAUGUAAUGUUUAUAAAUGAGAAAAAUAUAUAACCUUACAUUGGCGAAUUGUUCAGGGCUUUUUACUAUGAUCAGAAAGAUGUUUGAACAAGACAUGCAGAGUGUUAUUAAAUAAAACGUGCUGUACAGAGUAUACAGGUGUCUCCUUAUAGUGCACUACGCUGGUCUAAAGUAGCACACUAUAUAGGGAAUAGGGUUCCAUAGGUCCCUGGUCUAAAGUAGCACACUAUAUAGGGAAUAGGGUUCCAUAGGUCCCUGGUCUAAAGUAGCACACUAUAUAGGGAAUAGGGUUCCAUAGGUCCCUGGUCUAAAGUAGCACACUAUAUAGGGAAUAGGGUUCCAUAGGUCCCUGGUCUAAAGUAGCACACUUUAUAGGGAAUAGGGUUCCAUAGGUCCCCGGUCUAAAGUAGCACACUAUAUAGGGAAUAGGGUUCCAUAGGUCCCCGGUCUAAAGUAGCACACUAUAUAGGGAAUAGGGUUCCAUAGGUCCCUGGUCUAAAGUAGCACACUAUAUAGGGAAUAGGGUUCCAUAGGUCCCUGGUCUAAAGUAGCACACUAUAUAGGGAAUAGGGUGCCAUAGGUCCCUGGUCUAAAGUAGCACACUAUAUAGGGAAUAGGGUUCCAUAGGUCCCUGGUCUAAAGUAGCACACUAUAUAGGGAAUAGGGUUCCAUAGGUCCCUGGUCUAAAGUAGCACACUAUAUAGGGAAUAGGGUUCCAUAGGUCCCUGGUCUAAAGUAGCACACUAUAUAGGGAAUAGGGUUCCAUAGGUCCCUGGUCUAAAGUAGCACACUAUAUAGGGAAUAGGGUUCCAUAGGUCCCUGGUCUAAAGUAGCACACUAUAUAGGGAAUAGGGUUCCAUAGGUCCCUGGUCUAAAGUAGCACACUAUAUAGGGAAUAGGGUUCCAUAGGUCCCUGGUCUAAAGUAGCACACUAUAUAGGGAAUAGGGUUCCAUUUGGGGCACAGACUUAUUCUUUGGUGUGCUAGAAUGUAAAUGUGAUUUCUUGUGUAUUCAGGUGUUCUCUCUGGCCCCGUUUAUACCUGGUGGUUUGUUCUGAUCUGCUCUACAUUCUGAUUGUGCCCAUAUUUACAGAAAUAUGUCUACACAAAGUAUUAAAAGUGUCUGUUAUCCA